ACUGCCACCAUUGGAAGACCAAAAACCGUGGUAGCCACUCGUCCCAAUCAGUAUGAAGACCAUGUCCUUAGCAGAAGGUGCCUCUGACUCAGAACACAGACAGGAAGACGAGAAAAUCGAGCAGAAAAAUUCAGACAAGGGUCGCGGAUCGAUGUCAGACCAAUACAUGUGGAAGGAACAGAUACAUACGCUGAUGAAGGGAGAAAGUGAGUCCGAUAUAUCGGACACCGAACACUUUCUCACCAAAGGCGCCUUCUUGCUAACGCCCUCCCAUGGUCUGAGUAUGGAGAAGGCAUCAGCCAUUUGCGAGAAGAUGGAGUUUAAAGGAUGCUUCUCCCUAACAAAGACCGCUACGGGGAUUUUGUUCAAGUUCUCGAGCGUUGAUGAUUAUCAGAUGGUCUUCAAGAAGGGAUUCCAUAAGGUUACGGGGUCGCGGUUUUAUCGAAAGAUCGCAAUACCAUGUCGUCCUCAAAAGACGUUUACUAUCUAUGUGUAUGACAUUCCUGACGACAUUCCGGAGGAAGAUGUGAGACACGCCCUUUACAAGUUCACCUCUGUAGUGGAGGUAGUGCGACUGCAUUAUGCGGGAUCACCGAGGGAAGGAAAUACUGGCACUUCCACCCCGAAACCCGAGAAAUCAUCAUCUAGAUCCUUCACCACCAUAGACGGGGAGCUGGUCAGCAGCAUGGUACCCAAGGAAGCCUCAAGCGUAGUUCGCAUCACCCUGGCAAAUAUAGAAGAAGCCAACAUCCUCCUACAGAAUGGUUUAGACUUUUACGGAGCUACUUACUUCCCAACUGAGCUUGGCACUUCUGCGCAGGCAGCUAAGCUGGUCAAACCAAGCAGAUCCUAUACUUCUAGGGUGACUGGGGGUACAGUAUCAGCUCGAGUUCGGGAUCUCCUACCAGUUUUUGAUCAGCAAGGCUUUACCAAGUUUGCCCCACCGGCAUCAAGAUUGGUUAAGCCAAGAAACAAGUGAUUUAAUCCCCUUCCAUGUCGAAUAUAUCAAAAAUUUUGUCAAAAAGUAACCUAUCGUAAUAGUCGUCGCUUUUAGUUCAGCCGAGCAUUUAUAAUAAUAAACUCAUAUAUAUUGAUUAUUAGUCGCAAUAAAUUAAUUUAAAAUCUAGCGCAAUAAAGUUAACAUCGCAUAACUUUUAAUAAUUUAGAUUUCUUAAAUUUAACAAUUAUAAUACGCAUGACGAUAACGAACGAGUGUCAACUACGCAAGAGUUGUUACCCUUUAUAAUAUGCACAUAUUAUGUGAACAUUCAUUUGAAUAUUUUAUAUAUAUAUAGGAUUAUUCUACUUUGUAUUUCGUGUUAUUUAUACAUUAAAGUGUUAUAUACAUUUAUUAUAACAAACUAAU